UGACAUCUUCAACCGGUUAUAACAGAAGAGAUAUUUUAACAGUAGAUCUGGCAGUCUGGUGAAGAUCAUUCUUGCUGGCAAAAUGAUCACAGCAGUGGCUUAAGAUGAUCGAGACAUGCGUACAUUUGUGUUACUGUUGUUGUGCGGUCAUGUUGUUCAAGGUUUCAGUUUGUGGAAGUUGAUAUCGAAGAGGCUGGAGGAAAAUCGUAUAGAUGGCAGUUUUCACGAUCACUCGAAAGGAUUAGAAAAUACAGGUCGAGUUUUUGUGACUCUCUUUGGUUAUCCUGCGAAAUGUCAAAUACAUGGUAUUUCUCAUUCCUGUACCAUAUCCAUAGCUUGCUGGAUGGCAGGUGGUUCAGUUCAGCCUGGAUGUGGUGCUAGCUCAUGGAUUGUAGCUUGCUGUGUUACCCAGAAGAAAAAACGACCAGAUGAGCAAAAGAAAGAAAAGAAGAACUCAGAGAUAGAGGUAGCUCCCACUGCUAUUUUGCAGAGAAGAACUGACGAAGUAGAGGAACAAUGUGGAAUAUCUACAGACAGAAUGUUCAUGAAGAGGAUUAUUGGUGGUAAUAAGGCUAAAUUUGGGCAAUACCCUUGGCAGGUCUAUAUAAAGAUUGGUUCAUAUCAGUGCGGAGGCGUUUUAGUGUCCCAUCGUUAUGUCGCAACGGCGGCGCAUUGCAUUAUAACCGCCAAAUUGAAGGAUAUCUUGGUGUAUUUGGGAGAGCUCGAUACCCAGGACACCGGGGAGGUUUCAGAGCUUGCACCAGCUGAGCUGCACAGGGUGAGGAGAAGACUGAUUCAUCCGAAAUUUCAAUAUCGAACAACGCAGCCUGACCGCUAUGAUGUGGCUUUAUUGGAGCUGCUUACCGAAGCCGGAUACGCCUACUAUAUUUCCCCCAUUUGCCUCCCCGAUUCCGACAUAUCCCUAUCGGGUCGAAACGCUGUGGUUGCAGGAUGGGGAAAAACCCUGCCUUCUAAUGAACUCAUGGGCACCAACAUUCUCAGGAGUGCAUCAGUUCCGAUUUUAGAUAUAGAGGAAUGCAUAGCAUGGCACAAAGUCAAGCAGAUCUCAGUGGAGCUUCACGAAGAGAUGCUAUGCGCUGGUCACAAGAGCGGAAUGCGAGAUGCCUGCUUGGGAGACUCUGGAGGACCGCUUAUCCUGCAGGAGAACGGCAGAUGGACGCUGGUAGGAAUAACGAGCGCGGGCUUCGGUUGCGGCGAGCCCCAUCAGCCUGGAAUUUACCACAACGUCGCAUUAUCCACGGACUGGAUCAAGUCUGUUGUUGAGUUUGGGGUUUGACGUUCGGGUGGUUAACUGAAAUCGGAAACUUCUACCGACUAUCGAGAAAUUCAUGUCGAAUCAGAUAAACGGAUAUGAUGGGAUUAUGCGUUGAUUGGGAAGUAGGUACUAUGGGUCUAAUUAUGUUUCUGCAUGAGGAGAAACUGGAGAAUUAUAUCCACACAUUAAUUCAUUAUUGGUUACUUGAAAAUUGAGGAAGACUUGAAUCUUAUUGAUAUAGAACGAGUAUGCUUUUACUUUUUUCCUUUGUUCUUGAGGGAAGAUCGCCUAGGCCUAAUACUAGGCCCCCUAAACAGUGACAUAACCUAGAAGAUCAUUUGAACUGACUUAAUAAUAUAACUUCGAAGCAAACCAAUCAGCGAUACCACAACAGGUACUUUGCUACAACUUAAGUAUAUCUAGUUACUUUAUGAAUGACAAUCAUUAUCAAUUCUCCAAUUAUUUAACACCAUUCAAUCUUCCUCAAGAGCUCAAACUCCCUCAUGAGGAACACUAGCAGUUAGCAUUCUUCUGCUAAGAAAAAAAUACAAGAAGUAUCCUAUUUCAUGAUCAACGUUCUGAAAAAUUCGAAGGAACUGAACUCCUAACAUCAAUAUUUAUAAUUUCCAUCCAUUAUUGAAACAACAUGAGAUUGAGUAUGUUGACAUUGAAGAAUUAAAAAAAGCUGAUGGACUCAAACAAUUUUUUCACUUCAUUUUUGUCAUUUUCUUCAUUCCAUGUAAUUAUUGUUAUAUUUUGAGUAGGUAUGCUUGAAAUUGCUCAUCGUAUCGGCCAUUCCUAUUUAUAAAUCGAUAUUAUUGCGAUAACUCAUUA